GCUAGGAACCGCCACCCGAACAGUCGGGGUGGCGACCACUACGAUCUACGAUCGCGCUCGUAUGUAUAUUUGGUGUUCUAAAAUUGUUCCAAGUUUGAAAUUAUUAUUUCUCUGUGUUUGUGCCAGUCUGAUAAGCAGUGGUUGUAGUGAGGCAAGCAUGCCGCGCACCGGCGCCAUAUUGCUGGUGCUAGCGGCGACGAUGCUGACCCAGCAUUGCGCUAAUUCAUCCUACAUUGAUCCAGGUGACGAUGACAUCGAAGUGAGUGGCCCGGAUUAUGGAGACGACCCCAACGACCUGCAAGUGCUUCAAGAUGUUGGCAAACGUUCGUCGCUGAUCUACGUUUUCAGGCGUGCGUGUAUUCGACGCGGUGGCAACUGCGACCAUCGACCUGGGGACUGCUGCCACUCUUCCUCCUGUCGCUGCAAUCUGUGGGGCUCCAACUGCCGCUGUCAGCGCAUGGGCCUCUUCCAGAAGUGGGGCUAGCUCGAUUAACUCCUACGAUGAACGGUUCUGUACCACCUUGUAACAACUACUCCAAUGUUCGCCGUGAAUCGUAGUCCAUCGACGCCAAAUCCCAACAACUGACCGACCGAAAAUGACCUCUCACUGAACCCGUUGCGUUUUUUCUCAUAUCUUUCCGAUUUGAAACAGGGAUUAGUAUUUUUUUUCGAAAUUCGGACCACUUUAACGAUUAUUUCUUCUCUUUCUUAAACUAAUCGUACCGAGUGUCCGCUUACUCGGUUGGGCAAUCACCCAGCCUUAUUGCCUAAUCGGUAGGCCAUGACACCAGCUCGGUCGAUUAGGCCCGGACUGUCGCAAAGGAUGGGUAUAAAGUUCCACUUUAGUUAAUUUUCUUUUCACCACCCUUGCGGCAGUCCAUAUACUAUGUAUGUAUGUAGAGUAAGAGUAGAUCUGCUAAUUGGUGGUAAACUUAUGUCUAUGGAGUAGCUUAAAAUAGAGAAAGUAACUUUUAAAUGUUCUAGUCAUAUAAGACACUAUCGGAAACUUGGUGAAGGACGCUUUUAUAAGCCUUUAUAUAAUACCGCCAUUUGUAUUUGCGAUUGGCAACUUAGAUUUUUAAUAUAUCUAUAAAUGUGUCAAAGUAUAAUUCUUAUAAUAAUGAACGAAUCUUUAAUGUACUUUAUGCAGCUCUCGUAUAGGGGGUAAUAGUAUUGCAGCCUAGUAGAUCUUCUGUAUGUAGUUUCUUAUGUGUUGCUCUAUGGGGUGACGAUAAUUACAAUUAAGGAUAAUGAAAUAUGGAAAAAGAUAUAUUAUACUAAUAAAUGUUUAU